GUGGCGUUGUUGGCAUGGGUAGGGAUCCUCAUGCUCUGGCCUACCCAAGCUUUCAGCCACACAUAACCAACCAAUUACUUUUCGAGCUCCGCCACUACGUGAACUGCUGACUUGAUACUAUAACGCAUGCGAAACCCUUGAUCCAGUCUGGAAACCUUACAAACGCAAAAUAUACAGUAUCAGUAGGAAGUAUGAGGGAGUUGACAGAUUCGGACUUCGUCUCAGUACCGCUUAGCGAACCGGCGUUCUUCGAAGCUGUGGUCGAUCAGCAGGGAGGACGCAAAAUGCGUCAUGGACCAAUCAAUUGGCAUAAUGUUGGAGAUUGGAUAAAUCUCGUUGAACCCCAUGAGUUCCCAGAGAUGCAUAGAGCACCGACUCAGCAUCAAAUCUCGCUUCGAGUUUUUCACAUACCUCUCGGGUUGCGCUCAGCACAAAUAAACGCAAAACGAGAGAGUUGGGAAAUAUUAUCAUCACAGUUCGAGCUUCACGAUUCAACCGCAGAGGCGUUCCUUGAUGUUAAUGGUGCCUUCGGAUUCUACUCUUACAGAUCGACUGACGGCACCCGCUCAAUCGAGCGCGUUAAGAUCAUUGUUAAAGUCGCCAAUAAGAUGACGAUCGGAUACCAGGCGCUAUCCUUGGUGUUCGACUUCUCUAAACUGACAAUCAAAGCUUUGAUACACGGCGCAUUGCCCGCACAGUGGGAUUCGUUCAUAAACCUCUUAUGUGAUUCUCUUCACUUGUGCCACCAUCCUCUACUACUUCCUACGGUCCUAUUCGUGAGUCACCGACUGGAAAUUGAUCAUUAUAGAAAACGAAUCGAUGACUCAAUCCUUCAAAUGGAGCGAGAGACAGGGUUUGGCGUCGCUGGCAUCUUGACAACCGAUCAAGACCGAACCUUCGCGCAACAAAGCUUCAGCCUUGAGUCAGCUCUGGUACAGCUUCAAUCACAACAGACUGAGCUUGCUACACUUGCCAACGUGUCACGUUUCAGUGAUAGGUUCUCGGACUUCUUGUUUAAUAGCAUCUCCAGGCUGAAUCAAACUCUCCGAACAUCUGAUCAUCAUCAUAUUCUAGAGUUGGAGGAUGAGAUCUUCCAUAUGCUCGAACUGCCACGCAGCCAGGCAAAAAGUGCGUUGAGUCAGAUACAGUCUCUAAAGGAACGCGUGCAAAGCCAAACUAGCCUGAUCUUUAGUUUGAUAUCGUCCGAAGAAAACAGAACUAGCCGUUUUGUCGCCGAAGAGAGCGCCAAAGUCGCCAUCGCGAGUAAAAGAGAUAGUAUGGCAAUGAAAACAGUUGCAGUACUGACCAUGAUCUUCUUACCGGGCACAUUUGUAGCGGCCUUCCUGAGCAUGCCAUUUUUCGAAUGGAAUGCUGAUACAGGAUCAUAUCCGUCAUCUACGCCGUUUCAGUGGAUAUACUGGGCCAUCACUUUGCCCCUAACCAUUGCACUAAUGGUCGGCUGGCAGGUUUGGUGGAAAAUGGAGGACAAAUUGUGGAAUACGGAGCUAGAUGAAGCAAAAAAGGAGGCUCGGUUUAGGCUUUCGGGACGCACAUACAGUGAAUAGGAUAUAUCAUCAGCCGUAGUGUC